UAUCUGGGUAACUCCAUCAAUGAAAAUCAAGAUUAUCUUAGCCUUCCACACGGCGUUGUGUUCCGUGACUGGUAGUCUGCUGUGGAAUGGCCGUCACGUUGGUUGCGUGAAGAGACUGCGCGCGAAUUGAGUGAAGGUAAUUCGAGGGACAGCCGCUUCACAGACGUAGUAUAUUCAAUGCACUGAAAUCCAAAUGGCCCCGAGCGUGACAUCGGAUUUUCUAUUGGGAUUACGUCGGUCAAGGUGGUAUUAUAACAUCUGACCUUGCACCAAGAAUAUUGGCAGCAGCACAGGUCAAGAAAGGUGAUGCCAACUACUGCGGUUCAUACCCUACCGAAUGAAUCGACAAGUUCCACAGAACCAGAAAGUGAGCGAAGAUAACAGUAGUAGUGGUGUUGAAACUCCAUACCAGCGUUUACUUCAUUCACUGCACCAUGACCAGCGAUGGCUAACGGAGGUGAGCCUUGGCAAGCGAGUUGGAUUUUAUCGCUUUCAGGGGGAACUCGGUAGUGGAAACUUCUCACAAGUGAAGAUGGCAAUACAUCAGCUCACCAAAGAACGUGUUGCUGUCAAGAUAUUGGACAAAGCUAAGCUGGACCAGAAGACCCGGAGGAUGCUUGCCAAAGAGAUAGGAACAAUGGAAUAUAUGCAUCAUCCUAACAUAAUCAGGUUGUAUGAGGUAGUGGAAACUUACAGUAAGAUCCACCUUGUGAUGGAAUAUGCUAGCGGUGGCGAGUUGUUCAACAAGAUAACAACAACAGGGAGGAUUGCCGAGAAUGAUGCCAAGAAAUUGUUUGCUCAAGUUGUGUCUGCUGUUCAAUUCAUGCACGACCACAAUUUUGUUCAUCGAGACAUCAAAGCUGAGAAUGUGUUUUAUGCUGCCCCAGGUUUGGUGAAGCUCGGUGACUUUGGAUUUAGCACACAACUUACUGAUGGCAGUGGACAGAAACUGAACACAUUUUGUGGGUCCCCCCCAUAUGCAGCACCUGAGUUAUUCAGGGAUGAGAUGUACUUGGGGGCACCUGUAGAUAUCUGGGCUCUCGGUGUGCUCCUGUACUUCAUGGUGACGGCGCAGAUGCCAUUCAAGGCCCCGACUGUUGCGGUACUCAAGAAACAUGUCCUGGAAGGGACGUUUUCUGUCCCUGGACAUGUUUCCUUCCAGUGCAGAAAAAUGAUUGAAGGGAUUCUCAAAAAAGAACCUAGAGAACGCCUGACCCUUCAAGAGAUUUGCAACUCUGUUUGGUUGAAAGGAAUAACUUUCCCUCUAACUCCAGGUGCAUCAGACAGUUACAGCUUAUCACCAAAUUUCGACACACCAGUUCAUAAGACACCUGAAAACUCUUCUGGAAAUGCGUUAGGGAACAAAGACAAUCCCGAAAUAGUAGUUGUCAGUGAAGGAAACAAAGAAAGUUUGCAAUCUGGGAGUGAGGGAAAUAGUGUGGAUAAUCAGAGUUCAGUAGAGGGAUUGUUAACAGUGGGGAGAGACUCGGUGAGCAGACAGCAAAGUUAUAGUGGAUCAGAAAAGAAAGAAAACAAUAUUGUUGGUAUUGAGAUGUUAGCCAGAAAGGAACUAUUAAAUUUUGGUAUAACAAAUGCCAUGCUUGAAAAACAUUCUAGUCAGGGAGCAAGAAGUGCCAUAAUAGGAACAUAUAGAAUUUUAGUACAUAGAAUGCAACGCCAAGGUCAUUUGGAUUCAGAUACUGCUUUUGUGGAUGAUGGUGAUGCAUCAUCAUCAGCUGUUCCUAGUAGAAGUGUGUCGACAAAUCAUUUCCUUUUUUCAUCAUUUGGCAGAAGAAGCAAAUCUGCGGCAGUGAAAUCAAAGGGACAUAAGCCGCACAGGACCAACAGGUCACGCACCUGUAUCCUUCUAUAAAAAAGGGCAAUUUAGUGACACCUAAAAUAACACGAUGCAGCCUCAAAACAACCAUUUAAAAUGGUUAACAUACUUGCCCUUCAGUAACUUUGGUAUAUAUACAAUUUUUAUUUGUAUAAUUGUCUCUACCUUAAUUUUUAGAUGCAGAAAUACAGUCUUUAUCACACAAGUUGCCAGCAAUUAUUUUACUAUAAGAACUGGUUCCCCUUGUUCCUCAUAUCUGGGAAUAUGGGAUCAUUACCAUCAGAAAACAACGACCACUUCAGAUAUAUACACACACACAUUUUUUUUGUGUGGCACCAAUAGUUUUCAUGUUUUGUGAAUCACUUGUUCUGUUAGAAUAUAAAAGUUUGGGGGGAAAGGGAAAUAACUGCAUAAGUAAGUAUGAUAAGUUGAAAUCCAGGAAAAAUUAAGGUAAUUUUGUUAGAGAAAAACUGAAAUCCCAUGAGAAGGGAUUUCAGCAGUAGACAAAUGUGAGGUUAAGGCAACUUUUAAAAUUAGUCUUGGUUGGAGGGUGUGUACCAGAUUCACCUGACUCAAGAUAUGGUAAAUAUAAAGGAAGGAAAUUUCUUUAACUGCUGAAAAAAUUGGCACUGGGACAUGUUUUUCUCACAGUCCUUCAGUUUUUACCCUGUCAAUAUCAUUCCACCGCUGCUCCAUAUUCACUCAUAUAUCACAUGGAAAUAGACAAUGGGCCUGUUAGCGGUUACAGUUCCAUAGACACAUAGUCUCACCCCAUCAUAACAGUAAUAAUAAUAGGCUAAUUAGUAGCCUUAGAUUAUUGGAAAGGAGUCUACUGUGUACAGUUCCUCCUCAAAAUGAAAUGUCAAAGAAGAUUGAACAAUAUGAAGUGCUACAAGAAUGCCUUUUGACUCAGAACUUCUACUCUGUUGAUGAAUUUAUAUUACUGAAAAAUGAUUUAUCAUGUCUUUAUUGUAAAUUUUGCAUAAACUUAUGUAUUUGUAUAUAUAUUUUUAUAUGUUGAAAAUAACUAAGUGUAUAUUCUUGUACGUAGAUAAUAAACUGUGUGUGAAA